GUCUCCUUCAUGAGUGAACCCACAUUGAAUUUCCACGUUCAGGCUGGCCUGACACAGUUCAAGGUUCCCACGGAGCUUAUCAGAAAGAACUUCAAAACCAUCCAGAAACUUAUCGAAAAGCAAAAACGUCAAGCUGCCAAUGAUAUCGCCAAUAUCAAGAAGAACCCCAGUCUCCCUACCGCCAUUAAACUUGAGAUGAUUCGUAAAAUCAUCCGUAGUUUUGAAGCGCUCGAGAAGAAACUCAAGGCUUCAAUUAAUAAAGAUCAAGAGUAUCGAUCCCGGCUUCUUGCCAGACUUGAAAAUCUCCAGGAAUUGACCAAAUUCACAGUCACCCGAAACCAUGACCAAGACAUUACAAUUGAUAUGGAAGACAAUGAGCACGCCAUUGCAGACGACCUCGAGGAUGAGGACCCUAAGUCUGUCAAGACAAAGGCCCGAAAAUCGAUGUCAGGUGACGAAGAUAAGGCUCUUGACUUGCAUAACCCCACCUUGAUCAACUGGUAUCGAGAUCAGGCUAAUUUACUUAUAAUUGAUUACUUGAUAAAGUCCAACGUUUCUUCUGAACAGAGCGUGGGAUUGAAGUUGCUACAAUCGCUAUCGGUGUCAAACCCCAAGUAUAUGAAGCUCAUUGACUAUGACUUAUAUGAGACGCUCAAUAAAGUGUUUUUGUCAAUAGUAGAGCACCACGAUUUGAGCUUGGUGAUAGCCUGGUUCGAAGAAAAUCGUACCGCUUUGAAGAAGGCCAACUCUAACAUCGAGUUUGAAAUCAACUACUGUAAGUUCUUAUCGUUUAUUGAGGAAGGCCGAACGGAUGAAGCCAUUAAGUUCUCCCAGGUGCAUUUGUCUCCCAGCGGGAACAUCAACAAUUAUCAAGAAAAUGAACACGACAGCUACCUCAAUAACCUCAAGAAAUUGAAGGAAAUCGGAGGGCUUUUGGUUUAUUUGGCCAUCAAUGAGCAUCUGCUGCCUUCACAGCCGGUAGGCUCCUUUUCCACUUCCAUGGUCAAGCAUUCUGCCCGGUUCCACGACUACGAAAAGCUCUUGAGCGACGACCGGUGGAUAUUUUUGUCAGAAUGUUUCAUGGAGAACUUUACAAAGUUGUACGGAAUCUCUAGAAACUUCCCAUUGUUCAUAUACUUGAGUGCCGGAUUAUCAAGCUUGAAAACCAAGUCGUGCUACUGUAAUAACGACAAUACCAUUUUUGUGAACCACAAACAACCCCACGAAGAAGUUGGUUCGUUGAAGGACCGCAAGUAUAGGGGGCCCAACCACUACUACAAGAGAUUGAACCGAAUCAAUAAUUGUCCGGUGUGCUCUCCCGAGUUAUUCAAGUUGAGCAGAAACUUGCCAUACGCACAGUUGAUAACUAGUAUAUUCAACAACCCAUAUAAACUACCCAAUGGUAAUAUCUACCCGAUAGAUAAGCUCACAACUCCAAGCAGCUUGAAGAACUCGGGCUCGGGGUCGUCCAUAAUCGAGGAUCCGUUGACCAAAGAGGUGUUUGCUCUUUCUGAGUGUGUGCGAGUCUAUCCCGCAUAAGAGUAUUGAUGAUAGCUAAAUAUAAUAUAUGAUUAAAUAUGGAUGAAUUCUGGGUGCUUCUAAUCACUGUCACUGUCCUCUUUCACGGCUUUUCCUAACUUCACGAAAGGCUCAAACACAUAAAUCCGGGCAUCUCUUUCAGCUGCAGGCUUAGUUGUGUCUCUUACUCCACUGGAGGUUCUCUUGUGAUGGUACUCAGGAAAGCAUCCCCAGUCGAAUCUCCCUGACUUCUCAACCUUAUAGUUUUCACUUUUGGCAAGAACCUUGACUCCCCACGAAUUGUAUGGUUCACCUUCAAAUAACGUUAGCACUAUUCUGCCAGUAACACUGUCAAAAUUGUAUCCUCCAAAGCUGCUGUUAGACUCAUCAUUUAUAAAUUGAAAAAGCUGUUUACAGCUCUGGAAGUACUUGAGCAUCAACUCUUGGUGGUCUUUGAUAUUUCUGUCAACAUCUUUCAUUCCUCUUCCCGUGUGGGGGAAGUUGAACAUGAUAUGAUGAAGCCUUGAAUGUUUAAAAAUGCUAUUUGCUCUGCCUUUUUUCGUAUCUAGCUUGAAACUUGCCAUGAGAUUAGUACCAUCGACUUCAUGGACUACUCUGACGCCUUCCAGGCUCAAG